AUGGCUGUGGAGUUGAUGCCAGGACACAGAACCCCCGCCGCAGGUUUUACGACAAAAAUGGAGGAAUACGCUGCACAGGAAGCGGCGGCGGCCGGGCUGCAAAGCGUGGAAAAGCUAAUCAGAUUGAUUUCUCAAUCCCAAAACCAGCAAAAUUUUCAAGAAUCAUCGUCUUCGAAACCCAUAAAUACAGAAUACCAAGCGGUUGCAGAUGUGGCGGUGAACAAGUUCAAGAAGUUUAUUUCAUUGCUCGACCACAAUCGGACCGGCCACGCCCGAUUCCGGCGAGGCCCGGUUCAUAAUAAUCAGCAGAAAAUCGAGAAAGGAUCUGAGUCGGAACCAGUUGAGAUACUGCAGAAUCAGCAUGCAAUACCACAAAUUAUUUUUGAACGGAAGGAAAAAAAUAGUCCCACCGGAAGAAUUUAUUGUCCGACGCCGAUUCAAAGGCUGCCGCCGCUGCCACACCACCAUCAGUUGACCAAGAACGGGUCGAUUGAGAGGAAAGAAUCGUUGACCACCAUAAAUUUUGCUUCGACGGCGAAUUCAUUUAUGUCUUCGUUGACCGGUGACACAGAAAGCUUGCAGCCCUCGAUGUCGUCGGGUUUUCAGAUCACCAACCUUUCACAGGUGUCGUCCGCCGGCCGGCCGCCUCUCUCUACGUCGUCGUUUAAGCGAAAGUGCAGCUCAAUGGAUGACGCAAAUAUUAAGUGUGAUGGUGGGUCGUCCGGCAGUCGUUGCCAUUGUCCCAAGAAAAGGAAAUCAAGGGUGAAGAGAGUGGUUAGAAUACCCGCGAUAAGCAUGAAGACAUCCGAUAUUCCAUCGGACGAGUACUCUUGGAGGAAGUACGGUCAAAAGCCCAUCAAGGGUUCCCCUCAUCCUAGGGGAUAUUACAAGUGUAGCAGUGUUAGAGGAUGCCCGGCUCGUAAGCAUGUGGAAAGGGCAUUGGAUGAUCCGACUAUGCUAAUUGUUACCUACGAAGGAGAGCAUAAUCAUGUACAGUCGAGUGCACAAACACCGGCAACUAUCGUCCUCGAAUCGUCUUGA